AUGAAGCUCAAUAUCAGCAACCCGCCUGCUGGCACGCAGAAGGCACGUAGUGUCCUGAUCGAGAUUGAAGAUGAGCGCAAGCUUCGCGUCUUCAUGGACAAGAAGAUGUCGACCGAGGUCCCUGCCGACUCCCUAGGCGAUGAGUGGAAAGGCUACAUUGUCCGCAUCACCGGUGGCAAUGACAAGCAAGGCUUUCCCAUGAAGCAGGGUGUCAUGCUCCCUACCCGUGUCAAGCUCCUCCUCGCCGAUGGCCACUCCUGCUACCGACCCCGUCGCACCGGUGAGCGCAAGCGAAAGUCUGUCCGUGGCUGCAUCGUCGCCCAGGACUUGGCUGUGCUUGCCCUCUCCAUCGUCAAGCAGGGCGAGCAAGAUAUCCCUGGUCUCACCGACACUGUUCAGCCCAAGCGCCUUGGUCCCAAGCGUGCCACCAAGAUCCGCCGCUUCUUUGGUCUCACCAAGCAAGAUGAUGUUCGCAAGUUCGUCAUUCGUCGCGAAGUUGUCCCCAAGAAGGAGGGUGCGAAGCCUUACACCAAGGCCCCCAAGAUUCAGCGCCUCGUCACUCCCCAGCGUAUGCAACACAAGAGGCACCGCCUCGCUCUGAAGCGCAGACGCGCGGAAGCGUCCAAGGAUGCUGCCAACGAGUACUCUCAGCUGCUAGCUAAGCGCGUCCAUGAGGAGCGUGAGAAGAAGUCUGAGCUGCGCAAGAGACGCGCAUCUUCCAUGAGGAAGUAG